AUGCUCAACUUCUUCUUGAGGCUAUGAAGCAGUCUGGUUGCACUGUCUUCAAUGACCGGCACUUUUCUUGUGAAAACUGUGAUGGCUGUGUCAGUGGAGGUUUUGAUUCUGCCACAUCUCAGAUUGUUCUGUGUCAGAACAACAUUCGCCACCAAUCCCAUAUGAACCGAGUGGUCACACAUGAAUUGAUUCAUGCUUUUGAUCACUGCCGUGCACAUGUUGACUGGUUUAAAAAUGUUAAACACUUAGCGUGUUCAGAGAUACGAGCUGCUAAUCUCAGUGGAGACUGUACACUGAUGAAUGAAAUAGCUAGGUUUAAAUUUGGAUUAAAAGGACACCAUCAGACUUGUGUACGAGACAGAGCAAUUCGCUCCAUUCUGGCUGUUAGAAAAGUUAGCAAAGAAACGGCAGAAAAAGCUGUGGAUGAAGUUUUUGAUGCCUGCUUCAAUGAUCUGGAACCUUUUGGAAGAAUCCCGCACAGCAAAGCAGAUGCAAAACGUGCUUAUAGAGACUUUCAGAACAGAGAUCGCUAUAAUGCUAAUUUGUGAAGGAAAAAAAAUUGAAAAAUUAUGUUAAUACCUGAUUGUUCUGUAACAUCUAGAGUUACAGUCCAUGCACACAGUGCUGGUGGAGAGGACAAUUCUAUCAAAUGUAUCAAUUAAUUUUGUAAACUUUUUCCAGGAGCCAACUUCCAUGGAAGUAAACAAAGUAAAUGAACAAGAUUAAAACCCAUGUUUCCUCACCUGUUAUUCCAGCAAGAUAAUUUAGUACACCAAAUGACUUGUCAAAUAAUGUUCUGCACAUUCCAAUGCACAUUUAAUUC